CAGCAGUACAAAAUAGCAAACGAGCAAACAGGAAGCAGAAACAAAGAAGAACUCUUCAUACACCACCUCAAAGCUUAAGCAAAAGCUACCAAAAUGGCCUCAUUCCAAAUACCUGUCAUCAAUCUGGAGCUGCGCGAGGUGAAGGAGAUCGUGUGGGAGAAGAUCCAGGAGCCGGUGAACCAGCGUCGCCUCAUUCUGGUCAUCGUCUCCAUUGCGCUGCUGCUGGACAACAUGCUGUACAUGGUGAUUGUGCCCAUCAUACCCGACUAUCUGCGCGAGAUUGGCAGCUUUGACGAGGGCCCCACGCCACCACCGCUGCGGGACAAUGUGACUGGCAUGGUCAUACCCGUGCAUCACGAUCACCACGGCCAGGACUCGGCCACGGGCAUACUGUUCGCCUCGAAGGCCAUUGUGCAGCUGAUGGUGAACCCGUUCUCGGGCGGACUCAUCGACAAGAUCGGCUACGAUCUGCCCAUGAUGAUUGGCCUCACGAUCAUGUUCUUCUCGACGGCCGUCUUCGCCUGUGGCAGCAGCUACAGCGUUCUGUUCUUUGCCCGCUCGCUGCAGGGCGCCGGCUCGGCCUUUGCGGACACAGCGGGUCUGGCCAUGAUUGCAGAUCGCUUCACCGAAGAGAACGAGAGAUCGCAGGCGCUGGGCAUUGCUCUGGCAUUCAUUAGCUUUGGCUGUCUGGUGGCGCCACCCUUUGGCGGUGCACUCUACCAGUUUGCCGGCAAGGAAGUUCCGUUCCUGAUCCUUGCCUUUGUCUGCGCCCUCGAUGGAGUGAUGCUGCUGCUGGUAAUGAAGCCGCUGAAGGAGCAGAUUCGACAGAGCAAGGAGGUGCAGGAUCAGGUCAUACCCAUCUGGCGUCUGCUCAUGGAUCCCUACAUUGCUGUGUGUGCCGGUGCCCUGACCAUGUCGAAUGUGGCGCUGGCCUUCCUGGAGCCCACCAUCUCGCUGUGGAUGGAGGACAACAUGACCACGGAGAACUGGAAGAUUGGCAUGGUGUGGCUGCCCGCGUUCUUCCCGCAUGUGCUGGGCGUCAUAAUCACCGUGAAGAUGGCCCGCAAGUAUCCGCAGCAUCAGUGGCUGAUGGCCGCGGGCGGACUGGCACUCGAGGGCUUCUCCUGCUUCCUUAUACCUUUUUGUACCGGCUACAAGAUGCUCAUGCUGCCCAUCUGUGUCAUCUGCUUUGGCAUCGCGCUCAUCGACACUGCCCUGCUGCCCACGCUGGGCUACCUGGUGGACGUUCGCUACGUGUCCGUGUAUGGCAGCAUUUAUGCCAUCGCGGACAUCUCAUACUCGAUCGCCUAUGCCGUGGGGCCGAUCAUUGCCGGCGGCGUGGUGGAGGCCAUUGGCUUUACUGCCCUCAACUUUAUGAUUGCCUUCUCGAACCUGGCCUAUGUGCCCGUGCUGCGCAAGCUGCGCAACAUCUACGACUUCAAGCCGUUCGAGAACGAGGCCAACAUCCUCAUGCAGGAUCCGCCCAACAAGGAGUACCAGACCUACGUCAUGCACGACCAAAAGCAGGUCGAGGGUGAGGUGAAGAACCACCUGGAGUACGGGCAGCAGUAUCAGCAGGAGCAGGAGACCAAUCUGGACGAUCAGGGUUACGAGUACCAGCAGCAGCAGCAGCACAACCAGCAGGGAUACCAGCAGGCAGGUGGCUAUCAGCAGGAUCAGGGCUACCAGCCGGGCUAUCAGGAGCAGGGUGGCAGCUAUGCCCAACAGGGACAGCCGCGUGUGGCCAAUCCCUUCCAGCAGCAGCAGCAACAGCAGCAACAGCAGCAGCAACAGCAGCCUCAAAGCAGAGGUCCAGGCGCACCGGCGAAUCCCUUCAGACAAGGAUUUUAAACUGUUGUCUAGAUCUAAAUUCGAGUGUUCUUUUGUACAACUCAAACUCGGUUUUUGGCAGUGUGUUUUGCACAGUUUGUUAGUUAUUCGUUUAUCGUUUCAUUUGUUGAACACACACAGACACACAGACGAAACAUACAGACAUAAUAUAUAGGCAAGUGGUACGUACACUAUAACGAGCAUAACAUGCAGAUAGUUAAUACAGCAGCUAGUUAAUGCCAAUGCACCGCACCAAUGUUUUGUAUUAUACACGAAAGUUGAACAACAGAAAAACAACUACAUCUACAUGCAUGUAGAUACAUGUUACAUGUAUGUAAUAGCAGCUAUAUAGUGCGAGCCCAGAUCUUGGGACGCCUAUGCCCUAUACUCAGUACUCAAGCAGCCGUUUUCGUGUCUAUCAGUCAGUGAGAAGCUAGAGAAACCAAAGAAUCAGUCAUAGUUAGGUUAAAGGAUGGGAGAGCACGAAUACUCCCCAUAUAUAUAUAUCAGAUAUUAUAUACACACACUUACACAUAUAUAUAUUGUAUACAAAAAUAGUAUUUGUAAGCGGCUUAGCUGGACUCGGACCACUCUCACCCAAGUGCCGCCGUCCUACAGGCAAUGGCAUCCAUAUCGCAGACAUAUCAAAGAAAUGCACAAAUCGAAAUCCUUCAACCCCCCGCCGCUGAACAAGAAAAGGAACUCUUUCGGUUGUCAUUGUGGCGGACUGGGGUCCCGAGAGUGGCUUCGUGACCAGACAAACCAUAUUAUUUGAGAGUUUUUCAACUUGAAUUUGAGUUUAGUGUUUCACAACAUAAGACACAACCAAGGUAACGAUACAUAUCAGAGUCUCAAUGGCUCGCCUGUUAAAAUUACCAAAAGUGAUAUUACUUAUUGCUACUAGUCUAUACAUAAACACUUAUAUAUAUACAUAUAAAAUAUAUCUUAUCAUAUCGAUAACAUACAAAACAAAACCCUACUUUUAGGUCGUACAUAGAGUGUACAUAUAAACCGAAAGAAACCGAAGAAAUCAAUUUGAAAUUACUCAAAGUUUCAUAGUUACCUACCAAUCAAUUAUUAUUUGCUUGUUGACUCUAUGAGCGAAGGCGGUUCAGAGGUGAACUCUGGCACUGCUGCCAUAGCAGAUCAUCUAUAGCAUAGCAUAAAUGUGUGUACCUUGUCUAUAAGAUAAAGUUAAAACGAAAAGCGAAAAAACUAAGAACCUAAACCUAAACCUAAAGAUAAAUAUAUCAAAAAUAUUUGAUUCAUUUCGAUGGCACCACUUUUUUGAAGGCAGUUUACUGUGCCCUAUAUUAUACACCUUUUUAGCGGAAUCUUAGGAUCUACUCAUACAGAGAGAUAUAUACAUAUAUCGAUAAGCAAACUGAUCUUUUAUAUACAACUUAUGCAUACGUAUAUGGAUUUCAAUGUACAUUUCUCAGAUGUGUUCUAGUCAGCAAUUGCAACUUACGUAUGUAUAUCCCAGACUUUCUACAUAUAUCGGUGCACAUAUCAGUGGAAAUGGCCAGCAAAUAUACAAAUAUGUAUCUUAUGAAUUACAAGAGCAAUUGGUUAAAUCAGCUUGCCUACAUACAAACAUAGAUAUAGCAUAUAGA